AUGAGGCAUCUUCGAAAUAGAAUAACGAAAAGGGAUAUAAACGAAGAAGUAAAAAGAACGUUAAGAUCUGGAACAGUUACAACAAAUGUGGUAUCAACAGAAACAGGAUCUCUAGAAAGAAAGAGGAGCUUACGGAAUAAUCGCACUAAACCAUUAAACAAGAAAGAAACGCAAGAACCAACGCGGCAGCUUCAAAUAGAUAAUACCGAUGACCUAGCUUCAAAUUCAACCCGCGAGGACGCCAUGGAAUAUCUUUCAAGACAUUCUCUAAAAAGAAAUAUUGCAGAAGAAUCUAGUUCACAAUCACCUAAACUUUGGGAACUUCCACAUAAUAGAUAUGAAGCUAACCAAUUAAAUCCAAAUAUCGAAUUUCAAUAUAGUAGAGAGAUAACAUAUGAAUCCAGGUAUACUCAAUGUUUACAAUCAGUGAAAAUUAAAUAUGAUCCUGAAAAAUUUUUGAAUUUUAAAAGGUUAAUGAACAAUGAGUUUGUGGUUCAAGAUAACAAUAAACAUAGAAUUCCCCAGAGAUACACCAAGAUAGAUUCUGAAUUUCGUGAUAUUCUCUAUAAAUCCAUAUAUUCUAAAAAGAAAGACUACUCCAUAGAUCACACAAAGCCCGAAAAGAACGAUCGUAAGUUAUUUACCAGUACCUUCGUUAGAUCUAGGGCAUCAAAGUAUAUCAAUAGUAAUGUAUUAUCAAGCUAUACUUUUGAUUUUAAACGGGCAACGAAAAGUUCCCCCUUCACUAAGAAAUCACUAGUAAAAGCAAUCUGUAUUAAUAAUAAUGAAAUUAAGACCCUUUUCCCAAGUCCCUAUCCCGAACAUAUUAAUAAUGAAUCCAUAAUUUUUAUUUGUGAAAAUUGUUUAUCGUAUUGCUCUUCGAGGUUUAAAUAUUGGCGUCAUAAACAAAAAUGUACAUCACAUUCUACUCCUCCAGGGUCUGUUGUGUACUGUGAUCAAUCGAUUAGACUAUUUGAAAUAGAUGGACGAGAAAACCAAACAUAUUGUCGAAAUCUUUGUCUGCUCUCUAUGCUUUUUCUUAGAUCAAAGACAUUGUUUUAUGAAGUCGAUCCAUUUAUUUUUUAUGUAUUGUAUUCUGGGAAUCAAUUAGUUGGAUAUUUUUCCAAAGAAAAAUUAAAUUCAACUGGUUAUAACCUUAGUUGUAUUCUUACACUACCAACCUUCAGAAGACAAGGUUUCGGAAAUUUAUUAAUGGAAUUCUCAUAUCUCUUAUCAAGGAGAGAAUUCAAGGUUGGUACGCCGGAGAAACCUCUAUCUGAUUUAGGACUACUUACUUAUAGAUAUUAUUGGAAAUGCAAAAUAGCGGAAACGUUAUUAAUGCUCCGCAACAUAAAUUCCGUUAAUGAUGAAUCAAUUAAUAUUUCAUUGGAGGAGCUGUCUCAUAUUACUGGUUUUACGACGACAGAUGUGGUUUUCGGUCUAGAGCAACUAGAUGUUCUAUUCACAACAACUGAUAAAACAAAAUUUAUUAUUGCAAUUAGAGAUUGGUCUUAUAUUGAACGUGUGAAUGAAAAAUGGAGACAUAAAAUGAUAUGGCAUAUUAAUAUGGAGAAAUUAUUAUGGAAACCUCUGAUAUUUGGUCCCUCUGGCGGAAUAAAUGCCACCAAUAACAAUAUCAAUAUUGAUUUACAGAGCAAUAAACUUGCAAAAUCAAGUGGGAGUAUCAACGGCAAUAACUUGGAUACAUUUAAUGGACAUAUGGCGGUAGUCGUAGACUAUAUGACGAACGACAUAGCAGAUACACGAGAUAUGGAGCGCAUUGCACUUGAUAACAUUAAUAACAGAAUAUCCUCUUCAACAAAUCUUCCCCACAGCAAUAUAACUUCUAAUGAACAAUGGUAUUCUUGUUUAAUAAAACCAUUAGCACCUGGUACAAAACCCAAACCACAUUCCAUAAAUCUCGCUCAUACACGCCCAAUAAAGGAACCUAUUUCCUCUGGAAAUGAAGAUAAAGAUGAAAUUGCAGACGAUGAAGAGGAGACCUCAACCUUAGAAAAUAUAGACAACUCCAGUAGCAAUGAUGAAGAUUACAACACAUGUGAUGAAAAUACAAACAAUGAUGAUGACGAUGACGACGACGAAAAUGGAAUGGAUGAAUAUGACGAUGCUGAUGAUACUGAUAUUUAA